AGUUGCACAUUACAUCCGACGUCCAGUCUGUCAAGUCAACAAGAAUCAUGUUUUUAAAACCUUUUAGAGUUAAAACUCAGACCAGCAUUAAAGGAUCGGACAGGAAAAAGGUCAGAUCUACUUUACAGCAGAGUUUUCCUUUGCUGUCACCAGAAGCUGCUUCCGAUAUUGUUCCUAACAAAGCAGAGAUGACAACAGCAAAAAUCAGCACGCACUCGGGAAUCAACAUAGUUGUGUACUGUGUUGGGAAAAAUCCGGUCCUGAUUGAUGUAGAUGGAGUUGUCUACCCUACAGUGUACACAAUGUGGAAAUACCCUGACCUUCUACCUGUGUUCAGGACACAUUCAAAUGUCUUCUCUAGAUUGGCAGGUGGUGCAGACCUAAUGUUGCCUGGGGUAGUUGUGGAAGAGGAGGUAACUCCUAAAACAUUUGCUCACAUAAACAAAGGCUCAGUGUGUUCCAUAUCACUUGUAGGAAAUCGGAGCCCCAUAGCAGUGGGUACAGCAGCUAUGUCAGGCAGUGACAUGUUUGAUUCAGCGAUGAGAGGAAAGGGAGUCCAUGUUUUACACAUACUAGGAGAUGAACUUUGGGCAUUUGGAGACAAAUCUAAACCACCAUUAUUACCAGAAAAGACUAGGGAAGCAGUUUUAGACAUGGUGGGUGAAUCUCAAGAUGGCGACAGAGCUGAGGGUGAGGAUCAAUUGGCUGAGGAACCUGACAUGUGUGAGGGGAGCCAGGAUCCAGAACGUCAACUCUCUGGGGAGGAGGGGUCCAGCGAGGGGGAGGGAGGGGAGGAUCUAGCUGCAUCAACAGACAGGAUGAGCUUGGAAGAGGAAAAAAUAGAGGAAGACAGUAGUACUGUGGAUCAGUCACCUAAAGAAUCCAUGGACGAUCUUUUCAAGCUGUGUUUCCAGUGCGCCAUGAAAAAGUCUCUGACACCUACAGACCUCCCAGUUCUCACAAGUGCUUUCUACAAACUACAUAUGGUCAAAUUCUGUCCAGCUGAUAAACACUUAGAUGUCAAAAAGACUUCAUUCAAAAAACUAUCCAAGUUUUUAAAAGAAAUGGAGAAAGCUGGAUAUAUAAAAGUAAAAGAGUUGUCCAAAGGUGUGGAAAGCAUUACAGAGAUGAAGAAAGAUCACCCAGAAUUACGGUACGUCAAACCACCAGAGGGUGCUGGAGUUAUGGAAGCAGCCCCAGCAGAGACAUCAGAUUCCCAAUACCACCCGCCCCGCAUCACGGAAAUGUUGUCUUUCAAUGCAGCUGUCCUCCCCCUUGUGAAAGAACUUGGAAUGCAAAAGGGAAGUGCAGUAACUGGAUCAGAGUUGCGGAAUAUAAUAAAUGAAUAUGUGAGGAAGAACAAUUUACAGGAUGAAAAGAACAAGAGCAAAGUUACACUGGAUCCAUUGCUUGCUUCCAUUGUGCUGAAUAAGGGAGAGAAUGACGUCACGCAACUUCGAUGGGACGAUUUAACUUCAAGAAUCGCUGGCAAGAUGCAAAAUGUGUUCAAAGUGGAGUUUCAAGGACAACCACCUAUCAUCAGGAAAGGCAAAAUGGAAGAAAUCACCCUUAAUGUGUUCCAAAGAGGUUCCAACAAAAAGGUGACGACAGUGGAUAACCUGGAUGUGUUUGGACUGGAUCUGAAGGAGUUUGCCCACGAGAUCCAGAUAGCGAUCCAGUGUAGUUGUACAGUGUCUCAAAGUAGUUCCAACAAAAUGCAAGUGGUCAUCCAGGGCAACCAGAUUGCCUUUGUUGCCGAUCUCUUGACAGGAAAAUAUAAAAUUCCAAAAAAAUACAUCAAAGGUUUAGAAAAGGCACCAAAAGGAAAAAGAAAAUAACUGUGAUAUAUUAUUGGUUAAUUAUUUAUUUUGAAAAAAAAAAAAUUGUACAAUACAUUAUUUUAUUAGUUCUGUG